GGGAUCUGUAUUGCCGACGACCAGCGUGUGGAUGGAAUGGUGACUAUCAGCAAACCCCUUGUUUGUCUCUUCAGCGAGAGGGCCAACGGGGCCCAAUGCUCUAUCAUUGCCGCAAAUGCGCCACCUCCUCACUCGUCAGAACAAAUCAAUUCCGUAAUGGAAAAGCUGUGAUGUGAGAUAUGAGGCUCGAGGUUGGAUAUCCAUAUCCUUCUCCGCUGUCUCAAGUACGCUUGUGCUUCUCGCACGUCCUGAUAGACCUUAUAACCCCGCUUGUUAUCGGACACAAGGUGGGAUUACGUUGCCUCAAAUAAAGGGAAAAGCCUGCUCCUUGCUGUCAGAGUUGACCACCUCCUGUACUCACCUUUCCUAGUCCUACGUCAAGAUGGUUGCCAGACCUUUCACCGUUCUCCAGCCCGUGGCUAUUCCUCAAGGCACACCAGAGUUCGAGGAGAAGCGAGCGGCUCUGCUUCGAACUCUUGAAGAAUCCAUUCCGAAUGAGUACUACCUACCCCAGGAAAUCUUCGACAAGAACCCCACAGAUGUCUCAACCAUCCCAAGUACCUGUGGUAUACUUAGCUCUGAGGAGCUCGACAUCACAGAAAAGUACGAUGCUGUCAGCCUGGCUGAAGCAAUUGCCGCUCGCAAGUACACUGCAGUGGCAGUUGCCAAGGCAUUCUGCAAGCGCGCUGCCAUUGCACACCAGCUCACCUGCUGCUUGACUCAAUUCUUUGAGGAUAAGGCUCUCGAGCGAGCAGCACAGCUCGACGAGUACCUGGAGAAGAACGGGAAGACCGUUGGGCCUCUCCAUGGCGUCCCAGUCAGCAUCAAACAACAUAUGCCGACGGCCGGAACCUACUCGGACCAAGGCGAGUACGGCACCACCGUCAAAGAUGACAAAGACGCGCUGUUGAUACGAAUUCUGCGUGAAGCCGGUGCCGUAUUCUACUGCAAAACCAACCAACCACAGGGUAUCAUGCAUCUUGAAACCGACUCAUACUAUGGCCGUACUCUCAAUCCCCACAACAUUAACCUCUCAGCUGGUGGCUCGACGGGAGGUGAAGCCGCUUUGAUCGCCAUGAAAGGCUCUGUCCUGGGUAUCGGUACCGAUAUUGGUGGGAGUAUCCGUGGUCCAUCAGCUUUCUGUGGCAUUUACGGAUUCAAGCCGACUUCAUACACGCUGCCCAUGACCGAUAUGUUAGCCAGCCCAUUCCCAGCGGAACUCAACAUCCUCUGCUCAAUUGGACCGAUGUGCCGCACCAUGGGAGACAUGGAGCUCUUCACCAAGAUCCUCCUGGAUGCCAAACCACAUCUUGAGGACCCCAGACUCAUUCCGACCCCGUGGACUGGUCUAAAGACAGAGGUGCCGAAGAAACUGAAGAUCGGCAUUAUCUCCAAUGACGGCUUUAUCGAUCCUCAACCACCCGUCAAGAGAGCGGUAGCCUGGGCAAGGAAGCAAUUGUCCGAUCCCAAGUACGCAGAUCUUUUCGAAAUCAAAGACUUCAAGCCUUACGAUGCUGCUGGAGCCUGGUCCAAGAUCAGGAGGAUGUACUGGCCAGACGGAGGAGAAGGCCCUAAGGGAAUCAUCAACUCAGCCGGAGAGCCCCUCCUCCCACUGACCUCGUGGAUCUUGAAAGAUGCAGAGCCUGCGGGAAUGCAGACGGCCACCGCCGUGAGUCAGAUGCGAUUUGAGAGAGACCAGUUCCGCAUUGCUUUUGCCAAGGCCUGGAACGAACAGGAUGUGGAUGUGGUCAUUGGGCCAUGCUUUGUCGGACCUGCCUGCGCACAUGAGACGGCAUUCUACUGGACAUACACUUCGCUGUACAACUUCGUCGAUUACCCCGGUGUUGUCUUCCCUACGCCUAUCAAGGCCGAAGCCGGAGAGCAAUAUGCCUCGGACUAUACGCCACUGAGUGAUGCUUGUAAGCACGUCAAGCAGCUUUGGGAGGAGGGUAACUUUGAGGGAGCGCCGAUCGACCUCCAGAUCAAUGCGAGGAAGUAUCACGACAACCAAUUGUUUGGUGCUUUGGCGUCGCUGAAGGAUGCUUUGCAAUUGCCAUGAUGGAAGAUAGCUG